CACCGCCAAACGCAGCGCCUCCGCCGGAGAAUUCUCCUCCUCCUCCGCCGGUAGUCUACUGCCGUAUCCGAUGCUCAAAAUCCAGCCCGCCUCGAUGCAACCUUUCAGCACUCUUCUCCUCCGCCACGAGCUCCUCUUGCUCCCUGGAAGCCAAGCCUCUGCGGGCUCACGAUCUCUCCUCUCCUCCAGUCUCCCUGGGGGUUCAAGGCUCCUCGCUCGACCAUUCGACUUCCCCAGGUGCACGCUUCAUUCCGGAAGUCCAGAGUGGGAGGAACAAUCUGGAGCUUGGCCUUCAUCCAGUGAGGCUGAGGAUAUGCAUAAGGUUUCCCCCUACUUUGAUCCACUGGAGGGAAAGAUCAAGAGCACGCCGGUUGCAGACGAGAACGAAAGCUUCAGGGUCGGGAAGCCUUUCACGAAGAAGAAAGGUCAUAAUGUCGGACCCUACGCGGUUGUGAAGAGGAAGUCGGGGAAGGCGAGGAUUUCUUGGGUCUGCGAUAACUGUGGAGAGGGAUUUGGACAGUGGUGGGGAAGUUGCCCAUCCUGCCAUACUCUGGCCUCGGUUAAGAAGUUUGUGGAGUCUGAGGUGAGUACGUCAAGGGGGUCUGAGAUUUCUGAAGCCGUAGUUAGGUCGUGGUUCCCUCAGCAGUUAAGAACGGCGGCCCCCCUGAGCUUGGCAGAAGUCAGCGCUAGCAGAAACCAGUCUGAAUGGAGAAUUCCACUCUCGGGGCAUUUUGGACAGGAGGUUUCUAGAGUGCUUGGUGGUGGUAUUGUGCCAGGCUCCUUAAUUCUAAUUGGUGGCGACCCCGGUAUUGGCAAGAGUACACUACUAUUGCAGAUUGCCUCUAUUUUAGCUCAAGGAUUCAAUCACAAUGGGUCUGCUCCAGUUGUAUACGUAUCUGGUGAGGAGAGCAUUGAACAAAUAGGAAACAGGGCAGACAGAAUGAGUAUCACAACAAAGGAACUUUUCUUGUAUUCAAGUACCGAUAUUGAGGACAUCCUGGACAAAAUUCAAACAUUGUUCCCACGUGCUCUUGUUGUUGAUUCCAUUCAAACUGUUUAUCUGAAAGGAGUUACUGGUAGUGCUGGAAAUAUCAUGCAGGUUAAGGAGUGUACAUCUGCAUUGCUCCGAUUUGCUAAGCAGACUAAUAUCCCCAUUCUUUUUACUGGGCAUGUGACAAAAUCAGGAGAUAUUGCUGGGCCCCGAAUGUUGGAGCACAUAGUAGAUGGUGUUUUCUAUAUGGAGGGUGAGAGGUACUCAUCUUAUCGGCUAUUGCGCUCUGUGAAGAACCGCUUUGGUUCAACUGAUGAGCUUGGAGUGUUUGAAAUGACAGAGUUUGGUUUGCAAGCUGUCUCAAAUCCAAGUGAAAUAUUCCUAAGCGAACACUUCUCUGACUCUGAAGUAUUAGCUGGUCUUGCAGUAGCAGUUAUCCUUGACGGCUCACGAACUUUCCUGGUUGAAAUCCAGGCAUUGUGUGUUUCUGAUUCUUCAGUAAGAAGACAUGUCAAUGGAAUACAAUGUAGCAGAGCUGAUAUGAUAAUUUCGGUUCUAAUGAAGCAGGUUGGCCUGAAGCUUCAAGAAAAUGCCAUCUUUCUGAAUGUUGUUAGUGGAUUUCAGUUGAACGAGACUGCAGGAGACCUGGCAAUUGCGGCUGCAAUUUGUAGCAGUUUCUUGGAGUUCCCUAUCCCUAACGAUGUUGCUUUCAUUGGAGAGGUUGGGCUGGGCGGUGAACUUCGUUCUGUUCCAAGAAUGGACAAGAGAGUAAUAGCUGUUGCUAAACUGGGUUUCAAGAGGUGCAUCGUAGCCAAGACAACUGAGAAAUCGAUAAUGGCGUUGAAUCUGGAGAUGGAAAUAUUGGGAUGCAAAAACUUGAAAGAAGUUAUCAACGCCGUGUUUGUUCGUGUCUAGCAACUGCACCUCACCUAUGACCUUAUACAACGCAAAUGCGAAUUUUAUGAUCAAUCAGCGUUGAUCUGUUCAUAAGUCAAUUUUGGGAUAGUCUCUGUAAAAAUAUUUCAGUCUCUGAUACACUAACACAGCAUUUUGAUUACAGAAACUGACAAAGAAAUUCCACAAACACUUGUUUAAUGCAUCAAGCAGUGACUAGGGCGGUAAAGGAGUCGAACUAUUAAAUAUGUGUUCAAACUAAUAUUAGAUUUUUUACAAUUCUAGUGGUCACUGAUUAUAAAUG